UGCUGUGGGGAUACUAAAGGAAAGGUAACACUAAGAGAUCCMAGUACCCUGAAAUCAGAGCAUGUCUUGGACACACACUCAGGGACCCUGUCAGACUUUGAUGUGUCUGGGAACCUUGUUGUUACAUGUGGAUUUUCAUCAAGGCAUGGGCAUCUAACAGUGGACAGGCUUCUGAUGGUCUAUGAUUUGAGAACACUCAGGGCUCUAACUCCUAUACAGGUAUCUAUUGAACCUGUGAUGUUGAAAUUUCUUCCUUCCUUCUCAUCAAGACUUGCAGUUGUCUCUCAGAGUGGACAGUUCCAGUUCACAGAGCCUGGUGGUCUAGUUACUGCAUCGUCAAUGUAUGUUUACAAUAUCAAUGCCCAUGGAGGGAUGUGUACAGCUUUGGAUGUGUCCUCUAACUGUCAUACAAUGGCUUUUGGUGAUUCAAGUGGAUAUUURCACUUGUGGGGAGACACAAAAGUUGCUGAUCUGUGUUACAAUAAUUUUUCUAUACCAACUGAAUUUGCAACCGAGGUACCAAGGACGCAGCACCUGUCAAUUGAUGACUAUUCUGUACCUCUUUCAUCAUUUCCACUGCCAUAUUCAAAUGAACCUUUGUUCUCUAACUGGCCAUCAAAUAACUACAUCCGUGAAGACAGGAAUCCUAUUGCAAUAGACCCUGAGAUUCUACGUACCAUGGUAGUCAGACAUUUUAUUGGUUAUGCUCCAAAUCCUGGAAACAAAAGAAGAAACCAGUGGCCAUAUCAAAACAAACCAGGUCACUAUUCAGCACAGAAUAGAAAAAAAGAUGAAAGUGAUGUUCCAGAGUCUCCAAUGAGCCGAGAUGAUGAUCCUUCUAUUCUAAUACCCAAGGCGUAUAGACGUGUAGAAAUGAAAUAUUCAAAAUUAGGACUKGAAGACUUUGACUUYGGACACUACAAUAAAACAAAAUUCGCAGGCUUAGAAAUCCAUAUCCCAAAUGCAUAUUGCAACGCUAUGUUGCAG